AUGCUGUCCAGGAAGGGGAUCAUCCCGGAGGAGUACGUGUUGACCCGGCUGGCCGAGGAUGUCCCCGAUCACGCGCGGUACCGCGCCCGGGAGCGCAGGGCCAGGUUCGUGGGCAAAAACGGCGCGUGCAAUGUGGCGCACAAGAACAUCCGGGAGCAGGGCCGCUUCCUGCAGGACGUCUUCACCACCCUGGUGGACCUGAAGUGGCCCCACACGCUGAUCAUCUUCACCAUGACCUUCCUGUGCAGCUGGCUGCUCUUCGCCAUGAUCUGGUGGCUCAUCGCCUUCGCCCACGGGGACCUGGACCACAGCACCCAGCAGCUGCACCUGCAAGCCGCGGAUGGGAGGCUGGCGACGGCGGCCCCCUUUGUGCCGUGCGUAACCGACAUCCAUUCCUUCACCUCAGCCUUCCUCUUCUCCAUCGAGGUGCAGGUGACCAUCGGCUUCGGGGGACGCAUGGUGACCGAAGAAUGCCCUGUCGCCAUCCUCAUCCUCAUCGUGCAGAACAUCGUGGGGCUGGUGAUCAACGCCAUCAUGCUGGGCUGCAUUUUCAUGAAGACCUCGCAAGCGCACCGCCGCGCCGAGACGCUGAUCUUCAGUAAGCACGCCGUGAUCGCGCUGCGCGGGGGGAAGCUCUGCUUCAUGCUGCGCGUGGGCGACCUGCGCAAGAGCAUGAUCAUCAGCGCCACCAUCCGCAUGCAGGUGGUGAAGAAGACCACCAGCCUGGAGGGCGAAGUGGUGCCCCUCAACCAGAUCGACAUCCAGAUGGAGAACCCGGUGGGGGGCAAUAGCAUCUUUCUGGUCUCCCCGCUCAUCAUUUACCACGUGAUAGACAAGAAUAGCCCCCUGUACGAUGUAGCUCCAACCAGCCUCAGUCACCAUGAGGACCUGGAGGUGAUUGUCAUCCUAGAAGGGGUGGUGGAAACCACCGGCAUCACCACCCAAGCCAGGACCUCUUACCUGGCCGAUGAAAUUCUUUGGGGCCAAAGGUUUGUGCCUAUUGUGACCGAGGAGGAUGGACAAUAUUCCGUAGACUAUUCCAAGUUUGGCAACACUGUGAGGGUGCCCACUCCACCCUGCACAGCCAGGCAGCUGGAGGAAGACCGGAGUAUCAUGGACACCAUUUCCUUGUCACCCAGAGGCACCAUCAGGAAAAGAUCUGUUAGGUUAAAGCCCAAAUUUACCAUAGCUGGGGAGACUUCAUGACAACUCUGCCCACUUGGCUGUUGUAGUAGGCACAGCAGACUCGGAGGCAGCCUCUGUUUCGGUGUUCAGGUUGGUUCCACCGGUAUACAGUGUGCAAUAUUUGUGGUGCAAAAGAAAAUGUGUGACUCAGGGUAUCUAAGGAAAACUGAGCACGCAUAAAGCUUCCUUCAAUUUUCCUAUGUGUAUUUGCACUUGAGAUGGGUAAACCUCCCGAAGAGAUAGAUGCCCCCCCUUUUUUUUUGAGAACUUAUUUUCUAUGUAUUGGAUUGUAUUAUUUCAGGUGCACCAUGGAAAGGGCACUAAUAAUCAGGUAUUCAUAUUUAUGAAAAGACAGUGUAGACACAAGAGUGCCUAUUUAUGUGGCAAUGCUUUAUGUACUGAAUGAAUAAAUGUAUUAAUGUAAUUCAUAAAUGAUACUGUAUGCUUUCUUUUAUCGCCAGUGAAUUAGAAGAUCUAUUGGCCGAUGAUAUUCAUGGAUCAUAUAAUGAAAUGAAUGCCACUUGUGUUUACAUGUUAUGUUAGGGCAUAUGGAAAAAGAUUUUUAAAAAUUGGACAGUUAGGAGGGAAACCAGUCCCAAUUGUGGACUGCAGAGGAAAAAAUGGAUUCCUGAAUAUUACAAUCCUAUUCAGAUCUACUCAAAAGUAAGUUUCAUUGAGUUCAGAAGGGCUUAUUUCUAAAUUAGUGAAUAUAGGAUUUUAACUUCAGUGGGUUUAUAGUGUCACAGUCAUCCUUCUGCUGCUACCUCAAUUUUUUAUUGUAAAACUAAACACUGUAUGUUACUUGUAUGAGUAAUAUUGAAUUGGUAGAUCGAUUAAUGUUGGCCACCUUUAUGUAAUUUAACUGCAGGAUUAGAUCCUUCUGUUCAAAUGUUAUAAUUAAAAUUAGUCAUUCCAGCCUUCUGAAAAAGAAUAACAUUUGAAAAAACAUAGACAUUUUUAAGGAAAUAAUACUGUGUAACCAGCUAGUUUGAUCUUCCUAACUGUCCUGACUUUCAGCUCCAACAAUAAUCAUGGAGUAGAAGCAGUGGGGCUGACAAUUUACCGGUGACAUUGUAAUCCUAGCUGUGAUGUGAAUUCCCAUCUCUAUCACAUGGCAUCAUUUAAUAAGUUUG